AUGCCUUCGCGCAACAAAGGUGUUACUCUGGUCCUCUGUCUCAUCUCCCUCGCAUCGGUCACCUUCAUCGCUCGACUUUCCUCUCGAAGAGGCUCGUCCGCCCCCGAUUGGCUGCCCGCUCCCCAUGUUCGCCCAAUUGAUGCAUGCCCGGACAAGCUCGAUUGGCUGGCCGAUCUAAACCUCACCUAUCCCAUACGAUAUGCCCACCGUGACAUCGUCGUCAAUCCCACCCCGGGCCUCGAGCGCGCUUCAAUCACCAAGCUCGAUGCGUCCUUAUUCCCUAAGUUUCAGACCAUCGACCUCUCCGGAGACGUCCAGGUAUCAUUGCAGCAUUGCGAGAAGCCUUACCUUCUGCAUGUGCCAGCCUUGGUCAAAGAUUCUGGCGAUGCCUCUCAUAUCAUCUUCGGCAUCUCCACCACCCUCAAGCGCCUAGAUGCUUCCGUCACGUCCCUUCUGCGUUGGCUCCCCCACACCAAUGCGAAGCUGUUCGUCAUAGUCAUUGAGUCAGAACAGAUCGUAGAGUCGGAGGGUGUGGAGAGGGUCGACGCUGUGGCCGCCGAUCCCCAGCAAAAGGCCGAACUACAGGCACGGAUGCGCAGUCUUGGCAUGGAUGUCACCCUCGUCGAACCUCUUGAGCUCCAGGACUCCUUCUCUAUAAAGUACUUCUCAGUCAUCGAAGUUAUGUACAACAAUCGCAACAACAAAACGAAAUGGAUUAGUCUUCUGGACGACGACACCUUCUUUCCUUCCAUACCUGCACUUGUGACCAUGCUCGCUAAGUAUGACCCUACGCAGGAGUAUUAUAUCGGUGCGUUAUCCGAGAUUUGGUGGGCUGUAGCACAUUACGGUAUGAUGGGAUUUGGUGGGGCUGGUAUAUUCCUUUCGGUCCCGCUAGCCGAGAUCAUGAACAAUAAUUACCGGAACUGUAUAGAGGCUUCACAAACGACUGCCGGAGACGUUCGUAUCAUGGAAUGUAUAUACCUUCUGACGGAGACGAAAUUAACAUAUGAACGAGGUUUGCACCAGGUUGACGUUCACGCGGACCUAUCAGGGGUCUUGGAAAGUGGUCAUAUGCCUUUAUCUCUUCAUCAUUGGAAAGCAGGGGGCGCAAGUUUGAACGGGUACAACCUGCCAAUGAUGCAUCUUGUAGCUGACGUCUGCGGGGACUGUUUCCUCCAGCGAUGGCAAUUUGGUUCGGAAAUGGUCCUCACCAACGGCUACUCGCUCGCGCUCUAUCCUAAAGGUGAAUUGAAGGGGAUGGAUAUGGAGAGAAUGGAGGAAACAUGGGACGAAGUUCCGCCCGUCGAAAAUUCUUUCAAUCGUGGUACCGAUCAUUCACUUGGGCCCACAAGACGAAAGAUGAUACUAGAGGAUGAAAAGAUCCAGUAUGUACUGAUCGACUCUGCGGUCACCAAAGGGGGUGUGAGGCAGUCAUACCUUCAUCCAGGCAUGGACGGAGAUAUUGACAGCCUGUUGGAGUUGUUCUGGAUGGAGGGUAAAAUGACCGAUGAUGAGGGCUAG